ACAUUGGCACAACUGCUACAAAAAAGAUAGACGUCUACCUCUCAAUGCAGAUGGCUCAGGAGAAAGUACAUCCAAUGACAGUGGUGACCAUCGCCAACGCCCGCGUCCACGACCUCAUUGGGCUCAUAUGUUGGCAGUACACAAGCGAGGGACGAGAACCCAAACUCAAUGAGAAUGUGAACGCCUACUGCCUCCACAUUGCUGAGGAUGAUGGCGAAGUGGACACGGACUUCCCUCCACUAGACUCCAAUGAGCCAAUCCACAAGUUUGGUUUCAGCACUCUGGCCUUAGUGGAAAAAUACUCCUCCCCUGGCCUCGCUUCCAGACAGUCGCUGUUUGUCAGAAUAAAUGCUGCUCAUGGUUUCUCUCUAAUUCCUGUGGACAGUCUGAAGGUAACAAUGAAGGAAAUUCUCCAGAAAGCACUCAAGAAGAGAAAAGGUUCACAGAAAGGCUCAGGGCCCAUGUAUCGUCUAGAGAAGCAGACGGAGCCAAACGUCUCAGUAGACCUGGACUCGACACUGGAGAGCCAGAGCACCCUGGAAUUUUGCCUGGUCAGAGAAAACAGCUCCAGGGGUGAGGAGAGUUCAGAGGAAGACCCUCCUAUUGACAUCACUACAGUCCAAGACAUGUUGAGCAGUCACCACUAUAAGUCCUUCAAGAUCAGUAUGAUCCACAAGCUGCGCUUCACCACGGAUGUCCAGCUAGGCAUUUCAGGAGAGAAAGUGGAGAUUGAUCCAGUCACCAAUCAGAAGGCCAGUACUAAGUUCUGGAUUCGACAGAAACCCAUCUCUAUCGACUCGGACCACCUCUGUGCCUGUGACCUUGUUGAGGAGAGAAGCCCCAGUCAUGCAAUAUUUAAGCUCACUUAUCUCAGCAACCAUGACUACAAGCCUCUCUACUUCGAGUCUGAUGCUGCUACUGUCAAUGAAAUAGUGCUAAAGGUGAACUAUAUCCUGGAGUCCCGGGCCAGCACCUCUCGGGCUGAUUACUUUGCCCAGAAGCAGCGGAAACUGAGCCGCCGGACCAGCUUCAGUUUCCAGAAGGACAAGAAGACAGGCCAGUAGACUGACUGGAGCUGCUCAGCCACAUGUCUGACUGUCUUCACACAGACAGAUGCAUAGACAAGGCCUGAAAGUCUCAUACACAGACAGCAGUGGGCAAACAGGAAGUGGAGAUAACGGACAAGGAAGAUGUCUCUGCUUCAGCAAAGCGAGGGGCAAGCCUCUGAAACUCCAAGAGCAAUGAGAGUCCACAAGCAAAAACUAACUUAUUGUUUUUCUAAAAAAGAAAAAGACUUUUGGCAGCAAUGUACACCCAACAAACAAUUUAAAGCUACAUGCUAAAUCUUUGCUUCUGUCCUCCAUCUUGUUAAAGAAAUGUGACAACAUGAGAAGAAAGCCUUCACAUCUUUACGUACAGUGCAUAGACAUUUUACAUUCAGGAAAUGAAAUAAUGAUGAUAUAGAAAUGAAAUAGCCCAGUCUGGAUUUUUAAAACACACAUUAAUAUAUUCUGCCUUGAAUCUGUACUCAGUUGACAGUUUAUUAAGUAAAUCUAGCUAAAAAGAAAAAGCACCCUAAUCAGUGAACUGUUUUAGAGGGGUUGAUUCCACCUUUGAUUCACACCUCUUUUUAUAACACAAUACAAUUGAACUGCAGCUAAAACAGCUUCAACACAAACUGAAUUAUAUCCUUCAUAAAGGUGGGAUGUUUAGCAGGGAUGUUGUAUUAGACUGUGUUAGUUUUAACUAAAGGUACCAUUUUCACCUGAGUGUAUUAACACUGUUGAUUCAGGGUCAUUUGGUAGGAUGUGAUCAUUGCAUGUUGUUAGGAUUUUAAAAAAAUGAUGCUUAUCAUUUGGUAAAAUGUAUCUUAGGGGACAAAUCAUCACCCAGCACACAUGCCAUUUAUGUCAAUAUUAAAUAGAUACAUAAAUAGAUAAAUAUGCCUGAAAUAAAUAAAUUAGGCAUAAAUAAAUAUAAAUCCGAAUAUAUAGAUGAGACAAUAUAGUUUAGUUUUAAAUAGGACAUCUUCCAAAGGACUAGUUUAAUUUGUAUCAGGGGACUUUUAUUUCCUAAUGCCACAUUUAUUACUGUUAUAUUCAAAUGAACGGGGUGUGGUUAGCUCGCAGAAUCAGACCAAAGCAGAAAUAUUGAACACAGCUAAGUGCUUGGCAUCCCUGGCAUCCUGCUCUGACUCAGCUCUCUGUGGUUUACAGAGUUUCCUGGUGGAAAGAUAGCUUAACUUGUUGCUAAAAUAACAGCUAACUGUAGCUGCAGUUAGCUAGUUAGCUCAGUUAGCUGUGCUGCUGAGUCCGGUUCUGUUUUUUCUGUAUUUAUUUAAUAUUACAAUAUAAAUGGCAUUCCAUACACAGGGAUGUUACUAAAUGCUUUGGAUAUAUGCUGUCUUUAUCCUCUGUCCCUGCUCAAACUCCUUCUCAUCCAACAGUGAACCUGACAGACUGUAGAAAACACAGCUUUUGGUUGACACCGUUUUUAAGCUAGAAAAGCAACAUUUGGGCAUCGUGGUGGAACUGAUGUUGGUCAAGCAAGCACCAUAGCUGAGUAUGAAAGUCAGAGACACCUGUCCAUCAGACCAACACACCCCCUCAGACAUAAGUCUUUUGAAGCCUUAAGGUAUCCUAUGGAGUUUUUUGUUUGUUUGUUACAACUAGUAUUGCUAUGAAAGUGGCACUAUACACAUUCCUGUCUGCAGUUCAGACUAUUUCACUGAUCAACAGUUGGUGGCAGUAUCACACCAAUAAAUAGCAAUGCUCCAGCAAAGGCAGUGAAAACACUGACAGCCAGUUUAACAUGUAAGUAAACAAUGCAGUUUUGAACAUGCUCCCCUUUAUGAAUGUUUGUUAAGGUAGGAAAUGCUUACACGUUUGAUGUGGUGCAUUAAUACAUACAGAUAGAAAAAAGCCGGCAGUCUGUUGCUGCUCCUGAGCCUGAAGCUAACAAGUGUGUUUGCAUGGAACUAAUCAUUUCUGUAUUCAGCUCCAAUUGGCCAGUUAUUUUCUCUGCCACUGUAUAAGGUACAUCAGAAAAGUUUAUUUGCCAGUGAUGUGAUUUUGACACAUCAGUUUUCUUUCUCAAGCCCCUGUAGCCUGUUUAUGUUAUAUCAGAGAGAAAUGGCAUAUCUGAUGUGAACCUUUCUCAACUUGCCCGUGUCACUGGGUGACUGAGUCUUUGUGUUGUGGUGGGUAUAGCCAGUUUAUUUUUUAGGGUUCGGGUUACUGUGAAGGACAUCUUGUCAAAUCUCCAUUGAGUCCAUAUGUCACAACAGGGUACAUACAAUGCGUAUUGGCAAGAAACAGAUUGCUGUUCCUUCUGUCCAUACUUGCCGUAAAGCAAUCCCUUUGUAGAGUGACAACAUUGUACGGUGAAAAGUGGGGGACAAAAUCCACAGUACUGUGCAGGAAUGAUAUGCUGAAACUAAUAACGUGCUAACUCAGUCACACAGCUGUUAACAAGACAUGGGAUACUGCCUUGACUGAAACAUUUAAAAGUGUGGAUAUACUUCACCAAAGACAACCAAACAACUGCAAAUGCAAUAUUCAUGGAAGUUUAUGCACAACAACAAGAAAGCAAUGACAAGUCCCUGCUUAAAUAUUUCUGUACCAUCCAUCAUGUUAAAGUAAAGAACGUAUGUUCGCACUGCAUUCUGAUACAGACCUGGAACAACCAUUUCACCUUCAGUACUUUGUGAAUGCAGAAAAAUAUGCAGUUUAUUUGGUUGAUAUUUGCAGAAUGAAGUAGAAUUAAUAUUAUUUCCACUGAGAUGUUUUUACUUUUGCAGCUGUAACAGCGGUGAGGAGCAGUAAAAGGAAAGAUUUGUCAGGACAGGGUUAAUAAAUGUCACAGGGACUGAUUAUGUGGUGAAAGCACAUUAGAAUCUUAAUAAUAAUAAUGACUUUGUUCUAUUUCUUUUGUGAUGUAUUCAUUCCCCACCAAACAAACUACCCAAAAACAUUCAACAAGGGAUUCAAAAGGAUUUGGAUUUCCUAAGCAGAUUCGGAGCUAGAUUCAGAUUUGUUGAAAUGGUGUGCUUCCCCAUCCCUAGAAGAUAACCAUUUCAUUUGACUAAUUCAGACAGCAAAAGUCUCAUUUUGCUGCAGCUAAACUUUAGAAUGCAUUUUUAGUUUAGGAUGAGAACUGUGGAUUUUGGCUGUUGUCACUUACAGCAUAGAGAGGACGAAUAAUUAGAGUGAGCAAUAACUCUUGGAAUGUGUUUUUUCCAAUGUAAAGAUCUGAUCUAUACUUUUAUAUCUUACCUCCCUAAGAGGGAAGAUUUUCUCCUUCGCUCUUUACAGCCAGUUUUCUUAGAACCAUCUAGUGGCCAGUCUGUGUUCCGUUGUAGUGUUGGUGUGUAUUUGUGAACCAAACAAAUCAAAGCAACACAGCUUCUUUCUAACGUACACAUUAUUGAUUGUUCACCUGUUUCACUGCUUUAUAUACCCGGCCAAUGUUUCUCUGCUGUUUGGCUAAUGUAAAUAGCCUAAUGUUACUUGAUUUUGAACGAAGUUCUCAUGUGUCAACACACAGCAACAAAGCAAAAACAGAACAGAAUCAUCUGUAGAAGUGACUGAGCAAGGGUUAACUUGAGCCAUUACUUCCAUGCGUUUGUGCAAUGCCUUCAUUACAUUUUUUAAGAGGUCAUUUGUGAAUACCUGUCAACACUUCGCUAUGUAACCUAGAGAAUAUCUGUAGUCAGGUCAGCUGAACAUAAAGAACUGUAUAAUUUGAGCGUGAAGCUUCAAACAAAAACUUAAAGAAUCUCAACUACACUUUUUCCGGGGCUUUCAACCAACAUGUCUGGAGCUUUAGUCAUGUUGUGACGGUUGUAGAUGCAUAUGUAACUAUCAUCAGAGAAAGAGUGUGGGUGCGGUCGAAAGCUCAGGAAAAAGUAAGUGUACAUUCCGAUUUUACAAGCAAAUUCAAGGAAAUUCCUCUGGAAAUCAAACACCAACAACUACUUAACAACAAUGUAAUUUGCUAAAGAUUUAAAAAGUACUCUGUACUGGACAAAUUACAUAGUUCGAUGCAGGAACCAUCUAAAGUAUAAGUGUAGUCAGUUUGUCCUAAUUACAAGAUGUCAUUUUAUGAUGUAUGAAAUUCAUAAUAGUGUGGAAAUGUCUCAAUGUGCUUCUGUAAAUUUCUAUGUCAAAUGUGUAUCAGUUAUUUUGGCUUAUAUGCAUUUGGUUUCUCUUUUGUUCAGCAGCCAGUGGUGUAACUGGGCACUGGUUUGUACAUACCACCUUAUUAUAAACAUGGCUAUGUGUG